GCGCGACCCUGACUUCACAAGCGUCUCUGUACCUUCCUCCCAGUCAAAUAUGGCAGCCACCAGGUACCGUCGAUUCCUGAAGUUAUGUGAAGAAUGGCCAAGAGACGAAACAAAAAAAGGCCGGGAUCUGGGGACUUUCUUACGGCAGAGAGUGGCCAGCGCGUUCAGGGAGGGCGAAAACACGCAGAUCUCUGACCCAGAAAAAUGUGAUCAGAUGUAUGAAAGUUUGGCUCGCAUCAACAGCAAUGUUUACAAAGAGAAGUUUCCUCGAGCAAAAGACACAAGUUUUACUGGUGUGACAGUAGAGGAGUGCCGGAUGUUAUUAUCAUCAGGAAGUAUGCAACAGACGGAUGAAGAAAAGAAGGGAUUGUGGAAGACUCUGAUGAACCGAUUUUCCUCUAAGCCAGAAGACGCUUCUCCUGAGAAACCUGAAAAGCAGUAAUUUACAUUGUAAACUCAAUCCUGUCACAUUUACUAUUAUAAAUGGUUAUUUUUGCUUAUUGUUACUGUCAGUCUCUGCAUGUUUCUUAUGCAAUGUAGUUGUAUAAAAACUGUAUUUAAUGUGUACAUGGCUUGUAAACAUUAAAGCCAAAUUGUAUUAAAAUAUGCUGAAUGUUUUACAGAAACCACACUAAAUUAUUUCCACAGUCAACAUGUCACAUGUAUUUUUUUAUUAUUUUAUUUUGGAAGAAUUACAUAGUGCAAUUUAAACAACAAUAUAAAAUUAGCAUGGAAGCAGGCAAAAUGUUAGUAUAAAACAUCUAAUCUAAUUUUCACACUUUUUCAAUAUUGGUUGCCAAGUGUAUAAUAAGAUAUCACUUGAAUAUGCACUUAAUGUGAUUAAAGGCAGAUUCUUGUUAUUGACUGUUGAAAAUUA